AUGGUAGGUUGGCAAAACUACAGAAUAAGUUCGUUUUUAGGCAAUAAAAAAGGUCAUAGCAACAACAGUAAUGAAAACUCCGGCCGUGGUAGCAAUUCACACGAUGACAAUGCGCCACAUACCACUGUCAAUGAUGCCAUUCAAGAUGAUAUGGAAUUGGAUUAUUUGGAAGGCAUGGGAAGCAAUAGUUCCUAUAAUAUAGCAGGAGCUGUUAAUUUAGAUGCCGUAGGUGACUCUAGCGGUACUGAUAACCACAAUGGGUUGUCGAUGGCUUCUGAUGCUUCAAAUAAAUUACAUCCAAAACAUUUCUUGACUCAUCAUGAUAGUACCAACAAUAUGAAGCUAGUCAAUGGUAGCAUGUUCGAAGGAACAAAAAUACUAGACAUCGAAUCUAAUUCAGAAUCAGAUGCAACUGAUGAAGCAUGGAUCAUUGAGAAAAAUAAUGACAUUCCGGAUGGAGGUUUUGAUGCUUGGCUUGUUGUGUUUGGUUCAUUCUUGGGGUUGGUUCCAGUUUAUGGUCUUUUCAACUCUUUAGGGGCUUUGGAAUCGUAUAUCAACAAGAAUCAAUUGGUUAAUGAGGAGUUAUCCACCACAUCUUGGAUUUUUUCCAUUUUUUUGGCUGUCAGUUGUUUUAGUACUAUCUUAACGGGAGGUUACUUUGAUAGAAAUGGUUCUGUUGUACCAUAUAUUAGUGGCACUAUUUUAUUUUUAAGUGGUUUGAUUGCAACUGCAAAUUGUACAAAAGUAUGGCAUUUCGUUUUAGCUUUCUCACUUACAACUGCAUUAGGUUCAGGUAUGUUGAUAACACCUUUAGUGGGUUGUGUGGCUACUUGGUUUCUGAAAAAAAGAGGUAUUGCCUCGUGUCUUGCCACAAUCGGGGGCUCAGUAGGCGGUGUUAUCUUUCCAAUCAUGUUAAGAAAAUUAUAUGUUGAAGUUGGUUUCAUAUGGGCUAUUAGAAUCUUUGCAUUAGUUUGCGGUGCUUGCUUAACUGCUUCUGCAUUUUUGGCUAAGGAAAGGGGCAAAGAAGAUGCUGAACCAUUUAAUAGUAGGAAAGAAAUGAUUUCAUGGUAUUUAACUUCCUCAUUAAAUUGGAGAUAUUUCUUAGAACCGAAAUUUUUAUUUACUGCACUGGCAAGUGCUCUAGCGGAAAGUUCUUUGACUGCAUCGUCAACAUAUCUAACAUCAUAUUCAAUCUUUAAAGGAAACUCAGAAAACACAGCUUAUACAAUGUCAGCUGUUUUAAAUGCUGUUGGUAUACUUGGGCGUUAUAUCCCCGGAUAUUUGGCAGACAAGUAUGUAGGAAGAUUCAAUAUCGCAGUAAUUACCAUUACUGCGUCUGCAUUAGUAAAUUUGAUUAUUUGGUUACCAUUUGGCGGUCACUCCAAUGCACUUUGGGCUUAUAUUAUUAUAUAUGGAUUUUUUUCAGGAUCUGUCUUAUCACUAGCACCCCCAUGUGUUGGUCAAAUUUCAUUAACAAAUGACUUUGGUAAAAGAUUCUCUACUGUUUUCUUUACCGAGGGUUUGGUGACAAUUCCUAUCAUACCAAUUUGUGGUGCCAUUAUUGGUCAAGCUACGGACAAAUCAUACAACAAUUUCAUUAUUUUUACUUCAAUGCUGAUGCUUGCUGCCGCAGCAUUAUAUUUUAUGGCAAGAUAUUCAGUUGUUGGUUUCAAAUUUAUUAAAUUUUGA